AUGUACCCGUUAGAUGAGGCUUUGAUUAAAGUGGCUGAUAAUAUUUAUGACAUGUUUCACACCAGAUACACUCUGUACAGCCAGGCCUACCAGCACAAGAUCGUCAACAUCAUCGAAGAGAAGAUCUCAGAAGCCCUCAUAGCAGCGAAAGACAAGCUCUCAAAUAUUCUAAGCAAUGGUACAGGUGCUGAGAACCUAACAACAACAGCAAAAACAAUGAAAGAGUUCAUCAAACUGAGCGAUCAUAUCUUUGAGGAGAUCUUAUACUCCACCGAUGACGAGCUGAAAGAUGCCCGGAUGAAGCUUGAGGAUGUUGUGAGGAGACGCCUGCCGAAGUGUGUGGGAGAGACUGAAUUUGCAACCAUAGUUACUUUUGGGAAGCACACCCCAGAUAAGUGGAAUGAAGCAGUGGACGAGUGGAACAAACUUCUCCCGACUGUGUUCUUGGAUAAGAAUGAUUUCAUCUUUGAUACUAUUCAACUGGACUAUAGUCCCAGUAAGGCUGAAACACCCAUCAACAAUGUCUAUUUCUACAGUAAGAGAAACCCCACCGAUGUCAUCGAUAUUAAGAAAUAUGAGUUAUCCAGUCUGCUGCCAGAGGAGUUUACUGAAUAUGUUGGUCGGGUUUACUACACAAAAAAAUCUGACGAGGAGGAGAGGGACUCUAAGGAGUGCUUCAGAUGGUGGCGUCUCAGUGAGGACGGGAUGUGCAUGAUUCUGGUCUUCGAUCAGAAAGAGUUUAGAGGAAAUUGGCGCUUGAUCACAAGCGACUGUCCAUCAUUGGACCGCUGCAGUAUAACAGAGGUCCGCUCCUGUAAGGUGCUCAGUGGUGAGUGGGAUCUCUAUGAGGGUCCUGGCUACACUGAACCCCGUUACCAACUGCAGAAGGUGGAUUAUCGAAACCCUGAGGUUUGGGGUGCCAAUGGCAACACUGCUCCUGCUCUGUCUGUUAAACGUAGGACAGAGUAAAUUCUAUAACUCCAUCCAUCUGUUGCCCUCAUUCAUCUUUAAAGUAGGGCUGUCAAUUUAAAGCAUUCAUUUAAUGUUUAAUUAUAAUUUCUAGACAAAAAUAGUCUAAUCAGUGAUUUACACUGCUGUCAUAAUCAUGUAAUAUCUUUUACUAUUUUUACUUUAAGUAGUUUUCUCUGCAAAUGUUAAUAUCUGCACUGAAUUGGGAAUAACGAUUAAUUACUUAGCAUAUAUCAUGCAAUUAAUUUGAUUUAACAGAUGCUUUUAUCCAAAGCGACUAGAAAAUGAGGAACAUCAGGAUUAAAUGAUUACACCUGAUUGACAGCUAUUGAAGCCACACGUGACCAUAUGAGAUUAUUUUGUGAAUAAAUCGUGUGGCAGAUGCUGCUGACAAAGAGCAGUGCAAUGAAAAAUCAGUGACGAGAAAGUAAAAUAAUAUAAGUAAAUCACUCUAAAGAAACAGAGCUACUAAACUAAGUGGGGGGAGAUUUUACCUUGAUUUGAGUUAUUCACAAAUGGAGUAGACAGAUAUUUUAGCCUAAUAGCUGAUUUAUGUUCAUGUCUGAGCAGCUAUCUAUAUGCUUGCUAUUAUUAUUCACAAUGUGGUGCUGAUGUUGGGUAAAUAUGCACUAGUAAACAGUAGAUGAUGGUGAAGGGUUAUGUAAUGCAAUGACAGGUUUGUUUGGUGCUGGAUAAAUAUAGACAACUGGAUCAUUAAUUUUUUGUAAUUUCUUCAGAUGUGUGAGUGUAGAGCAGAGAUCUGGUUACAGUUCUUAUGAGAGAUUUUGGGGAGAUACUUGUUUUUAGAGAUUGAAUUUGACAUGGAAUGAGUUGUCCUACAUCAAAUAUUUUACCUUUUAGGACGCAGGAGUUCAGUUACAUAUUUCUGUGUGAUUUCUGGGGAAACAUGAGUUAUUCAGGGAAAAAAUGUAAUGCUUUUCAGUUUGUUAUUCUCAGAAACUGACAAAAAAUAAACUG